GUAUUUUAAACCAAUUUAUUUUUAUAAUCAGCGUACUGUACGUCAAAUGUCAUUACAUUAAGAGCAUAAUCUGGUAUCAACAGGGGGCGAAACUGGGCUUGUGUAGAGGUUAAUAUCUUUGGUUAAUAUGAAAUGUUUCCACCCGGAGUCUUUCACAGGACGGACACACGAACCGGAAGUUGCUACCGCAAUUUUUAGUUGAAUAGCUGCAGACCGCCAACUUGCGACUUCUUCACCAUGUCUGUUAAAUUAAACGCUUUGAAUAGUGAUUCUUACAUUGAUAUUAGCCAAUACAGAGACCAGCAUUUUAAGGGUAACCGCUAUGAACAGGAGAAGUUGCUAAAGCAGAGCCACACUCUGUAUGUGGGGAACCUCUCCUUCUACACCACAGAAGAGCAGGUGCAUGAGCUGUUUUCCAAAAGUGGAGACGUCAAGCGCAUCAUCAUCGGCCUAGAUAAAGUCAAGAAGACAGCCUGCGGAUUCUGCUUUGUAGAAUACUACAUGCGUGCAGGCGCAGAACAUGCCAUGCGCUUCAUUAAUGGCACACGGCUGGACGAUCGUAUCAUCAGGACAGACUGGGACGCCGGCUUCAAGGAGGGACGACAGUACGGCCGCGGCAAAUCUGGAGGACAGGUGAGAGAUGAGUACAGGCAGGACUACGACCCAGCCAGAGGCGGCUAUGGUAAACUGGCUCAGCAGCAUCCACCCGCAGAGACACGUAAUACAUUUUAGACUGAACCCCACCACGGCCACCUGCCUGGACUACACAGAGACUCACCCUCAGUCCUGGACUGGAUUAUUCCUCUAAUAAUACUACAACAUGCCACCACACAUUGUUUGUCCCAGUGUUACCAUGAAAUCCUCUACAGCACGCCUGCAGGAUCCACUAAGCUCCAGAAAUUAGCAGCUGUUAUUUAUUUCUUUUGGACACUUGUUUUCUCUUCUGACUGCAUCUGAAUUCCAUACCUGCUAUCAGUCUACAAAGUUGGACAGGCCAAGUUCGUUUGUGAUAUUCAGUGAUAUUUUCCUAAUCCUGCAUACAGAAAUAAAAUAUAUUUCCCCACAGGCUGGAAAGUGACGAUAUGCAACGAUGUAUUAAAUGUAUCAAAUGUCAAAAUGACUACCUGAUCUUGUAAAGUCUCAAUGUCUAGUUCAAGUAGUGUCUGCUGAUGUACUGAUUUUCAUGAAUGAAAAACUAUGUAUACUUUUUUAAAUAAAGAUUUUUUUUUUUUUGACA